AUGUCAAAAUUAUUUACAGAUGAAGUUGAAGAUGGAGAUGAAAUGACAAUGUUGGUAUGUCAAUGGUUAGAAGAAAGAGGAUUUGAACAAUCGUUGGAGACAUUACAACGAGAUAGUGGAAAGACAUAUAAUGCAAGUUGUGUAAAGAUGGGUAGUCAAUUGACCACCAUUUACAAUGACUAUCUCGAUUUACAAGUAUCUGCUCAACUCAAUGGAAUGACAAUCGACAAUGAAUCGGAAAUAGAUGAUGAUCUAAAGUUUGCUGCCGACUCUACUGUAUCCUACCCACACACUCUUGAAAAGGAUCUCACUCAUGUUCACUCUCAAAACAUCCUUGCUCUUAGAUUCGCUGCCAUUCAAGAAAGUACUCUUUUAGUAUCUGCAUCAACUGACAAGACUAUCAAAGUUAUCGAUGCUGCCACCUAUGAAGUACUCAAUACCUUUGUAGAUCUUGCAUUGGCUCCUUUUAUCUCUCUCGAUUUCAACCCAAUCCAUCCAAACCUUUUAUUGGCUAGUUCUGUAGAUGGUAGUACCGUUCUCUUGGAGAUUAGUAACGAUGGUAAAGAUGGAAAGGUAUUACAACAAUUCAAAAACCAUGUCAAAUAUGUUGUACGUGCUAGAUGGAGUCCAUGUGGAACCAAAUUUGCCACUUGCUCUUAUGAUAAAACUCUUUGUCUCUAUACAUUAUCAAAUCAAGAUCAAUGGCAAUUUAAUAUGAUCAAAUCAUUUGAAUUUCAAUUUAAUUUAGAAUCUUUAAUUUUUACUCCUGAUUCAAAAAAAGUGAUUACAGCAUGUAGAGAAACCAAUUAUUUACAAUAUAUUGAUACAGAAGAUUUCUCAAUUGAAAAGUAUAAUAUGAAUUCAAAUGGUGAUGAUCAUGUUAGUUUUUCUGCCAUGGAAUUUUCAAUUACACCAAAUCAAAAAUAUUUAUUGGUAUCUACCGAUCGUAAUCGUCUAAUCCUUUUCAAGUUACAUAGUGAUCAACAACUUCGUAAUUUCUAUGGUGCUUUUAAUGAUGAAUUUGUUACUACUCGUAAUACUUUUAAUUUAUCUGGUAAUUUUGUUUAUUCUACAUCACAAGAUAAUAAUAUUUAUGUUUGGGAUAUAUCAACACAAAAAAUUGUAUCAAAAUUAAAAUCACAUACAUCAUCAAUUCGUGAUCUUACUAUUCAUCCAACUCUUGGUUGGUUAGCAUCAUGUUCAUUUGAUAAAAAGAUUUGUCUUUGGAAAUAA